GAUAGUUUGUGUACGAGACGGAGCAGGAUGUGAAUAUGGCGGACGGGGAGGCCGAGCGGGAGCGUAGCCCCGUCCCGGACAUGUCCGCCGAGAUACCGCGGCUGGCGGAGCGGCUGCAGCAGCUGGAGAGCCGCCUGCGGACGGACACGGGAGGCGGGGAUGACCCGGUGCAGGCGGCCACCGAUUACUGCCAGCGGUUCUGCCAGGCACUCCUUGAAUAUGCUGAGAAGUGGAAAGCGCCUGAAGAUUCUUUGCCUUUAUUGGAAGUCUACACUGUUGCUAUAGAAAGCUAUACUAAAGCACGACCUUAUCUUAACUCGGAGUGUGAGAAUGUGGCUGUAGUGCUCGAGAGGCUAGCUUUAAGCUGUGUUGAACUUUUGCUGUGCUUACCACAUGAAUUACCAGAUGAUCAUUGGGCACGUUUUCAGUAUUCCAUUCAGGAUGCUCAUAAGACACUCGUUACGAAUGGCAGCCACGGACUUUCACUUUUGUUUAGCAUUUCUCAAGAAGCUGGAGUUUGGAAGGACCCAGUCCUGCAAAAGAUACUUAAUCAGGAUGCACAGGAUCCUUACCUAAUUGAUAGAUUUUUGCUUUCGGAGGGUCCACUUUUACUAGAGAUGCGCAUCAAGAGACUCCUCAAAGUCUGCAAAGUGGCACCAGCAACAUCUUUGGCAAAAAUAUGUUCAGACCACCCAGAGUUGUCCAAGAGAGGCCACUUCAAACAAAUGUACCUGACCUGCCUCUGUGCAGACUCACCAAAUAUAAGGCUUAUAGAAGAAAUUGCCAAAGUAGACUGUAACGAUGCACUAGACAUGAUUUGUAAUCUAGAGUCUGAUGGGGAUGAAAAAACAUCACUGAUAUUAUGUGCAGCAUUCCUUUCACGUCAGCUGCAAUUUGGGGAGAUGUACUGUGCAUGGGAACUUACGCUGUUUUGGAGCAAACUGCAAAGGAGAGUGGAUCCAUCUAUUCAAGUUUAUCUAGAGAGAUGCCGUCAGUUAUCAUUGUUAACAAAAACUGUAUACCAUAUUUUCUUUCUUAUCAAAGUUAUUCAGUCAGAGACUGAGGCAGCAGGACUUCCAACUUGUAUUGAAUUAUGUGUGCGAGCCCUGCGUCUUGAGUCAAGUGAAACCUCCCCGAAAGUGAAAAUCUCCAUAUGCAAAACAAUUUCCUGCUUAUUGCCUGAUGACCUGGAAGUAAAAAGAGCCUGUCAGCUCAGCGAAUUCCUUCUGGAGCCUACUGUGGAUGCAUACUAUGCUGUUGAAAUGCUCUACAAUCAGCCUGACCAAAAGUACGAUGAGGAGAGUCUUCCAGUGCCCAACUCUUUGCGCUGUGAGUUAUUACUUGUUUUAAAAACUCGUUGGCCCUUUGAUCCGGAAUUCUGGGAUUGGAAAACAUUGAAGCGUCAGUGCCUCGCAUUGAUGGGGGAAGAGGCAUCCAUUGUGUCUUCAAUUGAUGAGCUAAAUGACCAUGAAGUAUAUGAUCAGGUGGACAAUUAUCCUGAUAUAUCCAAAGCCGCUCCACUCAAUGGACUUGAAUUCUUUGAUACAUCUAAUGUUGGAGCUGUAAAAGAUGAGAAGGAAAAAAAGAGACGUAUUAAAAAACUGAGAGAGCGUGGAUGCAUAUCUGAAAGGUUUAGAAACUGGCAAGCUUACAUGCAGUACUGUGUACUUUGUGACAAAGAGUUUUUGGGUCACAGAAUUGUGCGCCAUGCACAGAAGCAUUGCAAAGAUGGCAUUUAUAGCUGCCCUAUCUGUGCAAAGGAAUACAAUACAAAAGAAAGUUUUGUUCCACAUGUAACAUUACAUGUUAAACAAUCUUCUAAAGAGAGACUGGAAACUAUGGGAUCUGCAAGAAGAUUGCCAAAAAUGCCUAAAAAAGCUCCUCUCUGUAAGACUAAGAAACCAGUGGUAGUUUCUAAACAAGUACGAUCAAUAAAGAAAAACAGUCUUUACUCAGAGGACUUCAUUGUGUUUAAGGAUGAUGACAGUGAUGACCGAAAUAACCAAUCAGACAGUUUACGCACAGAAAAGCUAGUCACUUUUGAUGAAUUCCCUUGUCCUGUACAUUUUUGCAAGAAAGGGUUCAAAUACUUCAAAAAUCUAAUUGCACACGUUAGAGGUCACAAAGACUGUGAGGAAGCCACGCGAUUCCUUGAGAUACAAAGCAAAAAGGUAGUCUGUCAAUAUUGCAGGCGGCAAUUUGUUAGUCUAAUGCAUUUAAACGAUCAUUUACAAAUGCACUGCGGGAGCCAUCCAUAUUUCUGCAUACAAAUGAAGUGUAAAGCAGCUUUUGACUCCUAUGCUGAAUUAUUGACACACAGGAAGGAGCACCGAGUUUUCAGAGCCAGGUGCGUGUUUCCCAAGUGUGGAAGAAUAUUCUCUGCAGCUUAUAUGCUCUUUGACCAUGAAGCACAACACUAUAACACAUUUACUUGUAAAAAUUAUGGAUGUGGAAAGAUUUAUCAUACACAGCUUCAGUUAGAAAAGCACUUAUGUGAACAUGCUGCUGAAGUCGUUAAGCAAGAAAGCAACUCCGAUGCCGAAAUUACUGACUUGCCCAAAACUGAAGCAAAUAAUGAACAUGUUGAUGUAAAAGAAGAAUCAUUACCAGAUUGUUCAACAAACAAUGAUUUAAAUUCUCUAUCAUUGCAAUUGGAGGCGGCUAAAGACGUUCCUUUAAAUAAUAAUCCCAACCAUAUACCCACCGUGCUAUCUGAAAAACCAGAAUCGCUUCUCCCUGUCCCAGAGAAGCAAACCAUGCAUUUGCAAGAUAAUCUUCCAUCUCCAACAGUUCUUCCUGCUACUAACUUGCCAUGUCCAGUUCUGCAAUCGACUUCUCAUUCAUUGGAUCACAGUCUCGAAUUGAAAAACAAUGUUUUACCUCUACCCAGUUUGUCAGAUGACUCUAAUGAUAAGAUACCAACGCUAAACAAAGGACUUGGUGAUAUUUUAAUAAAUAGGAACAAAGAGAUUGAUGCCUGUGGGACAAAAGAUUUAACUGAGACACCAGAGCAUCCAAAUACUGGUACUGGGGAUUCACGUUUUCAAGUUUUUCAAGAAUGCAAGGUCAAUACCCCUAAUGAUUCAGUCAUGGAUGAAACUCUUUCUAAUAAUUUCUGUGAAAGCAAAGUCAAAAUUGAAGAUCAUAUUAAUAGUGUAAUGUCCUUCCAUACAGAGAAUCAACCACCACCGCUUUGUGAAAAUACUUUGGUUAUGCCUGGUUAUGAAGAGCGUGUCAAGUCAGAAAAUGCAUUAUCAUUGUCUCUGGAAACAAGCAGCCUACUUUCCAAUGUCUUGCCCCCUGUUCUCAGUACCACAACAGUAACUCCUCAUCCUCCAGUGCCUCCCCAGAGAUUUAAGUGUAAGGUGGAAGGUUGUACUCGAAUCUACAAUUCAGUUCAGAGCAUUGGCAAACACAUGAAGACCACUCAUCCUGAUCACUAUGCAGAUUUUAAAAUGGAGCGUAAAAACAGGAAAAAGCUUAAGGCUGGCAGUUCAGCACAAAAUCUACCCAAUGAACAGACUUAUCAAAUACUUACCCCAGCAGAUGGCUCUGGAAGCCCCACUUUUCUGUCUCCAGUGCAGAAUGCUAUCCCCUCUUUUCAGUCACCUGUGCAAAACACUAGCCCCUCUUUUCAGUCACAAGUGCAAAGUAGUACCCCCUCUUUUCAGUCACAAGUGCAAAGUAGUACCCCCUCUUUUCAGUCACCUCUAAACAAUACCGCAAAUACCAACUUUUGUAAUCAAUUACAGCACAUCCCGAAUACUGUAUUUCCAACACAUCUUGAAAGCCUUGUUAACCCAUUACUUAAUUCCGUUGAGAGCAUAAUAACUCAGGGUCUCUCCAAAAACGUUGCAGACACGCUACUAGGAUCUGAAGUCGGGAGUUUGACUAAUGCCACUCUAACAUCACAACUUGAAGACUUGGCAAAAGUUGUUUUACCUUUAAAAUUUGAAAAUGGUUCUGAUCCAUUUCUGCCAAUGCCAACAGAAAACGACCCACUGCCUGUCUUGUCUUCUCUUAGUGGAAGCACAAUGUUUUCACAAUUGGGAAGUAACACUGAUCAUGUACUCUCAGGGGGCGAAGCUGCUAACUCUGUGUUUUUAAAAGAUGAAACUGAUGCAGUAACAUCAUUUACAAAACAGGUGGAGGGUACAGACAUAGAAGCAAGUUUCAACUUGGAGAAGUCCUCUAGCAUGCUCUCAAACACUGGUGAAAAUAAGACCAGUGGAAGGACAACAAGAAAUCGAGAAAGAAAGCCAAAACACAGUGCAAGAGCAAAAUGUCCAGCAAUCAUCAGAGAUGGAAAAUUUAUAUGUAGCAGAUGUUUUAGAGUCUUCACAAACCCAAGAUCACUUGGUGGCCAUUUAUCAAAACGAACUGUAUGCAAACCCCACAACGAAUUUGAUAUUUCACACGUUCCUGUGACAGAUGGCCAGACCCCUGUUUUAGCUAGCCUGAUGAUGUCUGAUAGUCAUAAACAAACUUUACCAUUACCACCACAGACUUUUAAUCCUGAUGUUACACUGAAAGAAGAACCAUUCUGCCCUCCAAUUUCAACCAGUGACUCUACUCCUUUUUUACAAAGUGGGCUUGGACACCCAAACACUCCCAACUUCAAACCUUGUUUAAAGAAGGAAGUCAAUCUGGUAAAUCAGAAGUUGGAAUCACCAAACACUGUAGAUCACACUAAGAUUAAUUUGAAUAUGUCGUCACAGAAUUGCAUGUCUGAAAAUACAAUAAGCUCUCCAAACUUGUCAAGUAUGAUCACACCACAUGUUGUUCAAACGGCAACCACGCUAGAUUACAGUAGCAAUAUAGUUAAUAAUUGUGUUAGCGAAGGUUCUUUUCCUGAAGAGGGUUGUCUAAAGAUGGAUGAGAAUGGCUUGUGUUCAAAUACAGUGUUGAAUUCUCCUGAGGAGAACAAUUGCAUAUCUAGUCCUGUUGGUACUAGUAGAGUGUCUGUUAUAAGUGGUCCACAGAAGUCACCUGCAACCUCUGCCAAGAAAAAGAGUGGGGGCUCCAAGAAAAAGAAGAAAAUUGCAGAUGUCCCUGCUGCUGAUGGUGCUUCACAUGAACUAGUAAAAAAUAUUUUGGCAGCACUAGGAAACCUUCCGACCAGUAUUACAGGGAAUUCUCAGGUUCCUUCCGAAAUGCAACCAAAUUUCUUGGCCUAUGGAACUGAAUUAUUGGAAAAUAUUGCAAAACAUUUAAAUAGUGCAGACAAACAGCUGUUUUUGGCUUACAUAAAUGAAAGUCUAAAGGCCAAUUCUGAGGAACAUGUUUCAUCCCAAAAUGCUCCAGCAUCAGACAAAAGUGACACCCUAACCUUCACCAACUUCACCACUGACCACAAAGAGCAGGCAGAAUUAGAAACAAACUGUAUGGAGAAGCCUUUUAACCAUUCUGAAUCUGAUGCACAUGUAGUUUUUCCUGUUAACACCCAAAAUGUAUGUUCUUCCUUGCCACAAAAUCAAGAUAUUAUUGACACUGUUGAGGCCACAAUAGAUGCUGUGCAUAAUACUGACUCUGCCAGCAGUCCUGUGGGAAAAAUGAACAUCCCGGUGUGUUCUGUCUCUCCAACCCAAGAAGUAAAUCCAAAGCUUGACACAGAAGUGUUAGAAAUUAUGGAUUUGGUCCAAAAGAUGCAGUUGGUGGAUAGUUUUAUUCAAGAAGAGUUGGCAACUGAUCCACAACCUGAAUGCCCUCCUGUUGAUUCUUUGCCACAGACAUCCAGUGUGAUUGUACCAAACCCGAGUCUAAACAUUUCGCAUGAAGAAACAGAGGAGCUUUCCCAGCCUUUAAUUGAUAAAUGCAUUGCAAAGCCUUUCAUUUGCCAAGAGACUGAUUGCAGUUACUGCGCAAUGACAAAAGAUGCAUUAUUUAAGCAUUAUGCUAAAGUUCACUAUUAUACACAAGAAAAGAUCUUGGAAAUCAAGAAACACCAGCUAAAGUUUGCCCCUUUUAGGUGUGUGGUACCUUCAUGCACAAAAACAUUUACCAGAAAUUCAAAUCUGCGGGCACACUGUCAAACAAUGCAUCGUUUUACUACUGAUCAAAUGGUAAAGCUGAAAAUAAAAAGACCAUAUGAUAGAAAAUCUUUUAGUGAGGGUGGGACUGAUCCAAUUCUAGAAAUGUCCCCUAAAAUGGCUGAAGGUGAAAAAGGUUCAGAAUUGAAAACUGUUCCACCUCUGAUAAUAAAGAGAGAACCGGAAUCAUGCCAGAGUAAGCCUAUCCUGCAAGCUGUACAACCACCUGAAGUGCAGAACGUUUCAGACUUACAAGAUGUGGAUAGUCUACAACCAGAAACUAAAAAAGGGCCUAAAAUAAGAAAAAAAAGAAAAGAGAAGGAUCUGAAGCUAAAAAAGAACCUACUGAAAGACCCCAAACCCUCCAAUGUUUUAACUUCAUAUAAACCUUAUCAAUGUGUUCAUCAAGGUUGCACUGCAGCUUUUACAAUACAACAAAAUCUAAUACUUCAUUACCAAGCUGUACACAAGUCAGAUUUAUCCAAAUUCUCACUAGAGGAGGAUGCUAAAGAUGACUCUGAAAAUGGCCUACUACUCAGAGAGUUCAGAUGUAUGGAAACAGACUGUUCUAGAAUAUUCCAAGAAGUUGCCAGUUUGAUACAGCACUACGUAAACUUUCAUGAAAUGAUUGCUGAGGAAAUUGAGAAUGUUAUUGCCUUCAUACAUAUUGGACAGUUUAAAUGUGAUCAACACAAGUGCACAUCUAUUUUUACAACUUGUGCUGGAUACAUUGAGCACCUUGAGGCAGCUCAUGAAAUAAAAAUGAAGCAGAUUAAACUAGAUGGAGAUGAAAUGUAUAAAUGUGACUGUGAAGGCUGUGAUCGUGUUUAUGCAACCAGGUCAAAUUUGUUAAGGCACAUAUUUCACAAGCACAACGACAAACAUAAGGAGCAUCUUCUAAGGCCCAGGAAAAUUAGUCUUAGUGACCAGGAAAGUCCAGAGGAAAAAAAUCAGAAAGAAAAACACAAAGUGCCUAAACUAAAGUUAGAAGGGGAAGGGGCUGAGGUUCCUAAAUCAAAGCGGGCCAAAGGAAAUAGUUUGGAAAAGGAUUCCAAAGGUGUAAAGGGACAGGAGAAACCAGGACCAUUGUCUCUGAAAUAUGGCAGGCAUACUUAUUUAUUAAAACCUAAAGAUGUAGCACUGGAAGAAUGCACAGAGAAUCUUGCUAAGCAGUACCCUUGUAUGGUCCGUGGAUGUAAAUCUGUUGUCACUAGUGAAUUCAAUAUUAUGAGACAUUACAAGUGCCAUAAACUCUCAAGAGCUUUCAUUUUAAAGCAUAAAAAAGCCCUGGUUGUCUGUAAAAGGCGCGUGCAAGCCAAACCCCACACUGGAUCUCCAAAGCAUGAGCCCACAGAAGAUACUGCUAAAACAGAGGUGCAAAAGGAGGUUCCUCCACCACAAGCAGUGGCUAUACCUAGCUUGAUUGAAAGUAGCGACGAAUCCACUAUUUCCACAUCUCAGCAGAGUGAAACUGAAAAAGAUGAAAUGGAUGAACUUGCCGAGUUGUUCAUAGCAAAGCUGAGUAAUGAAGAGAACACGGGUUCUGACAGUCAAGCGAAGACUCUGUCCCUUGCAAACAACGAUCUCCAAGAAACAAGUUCUUGCCAGUCUGAACCUCAAAGGGAUGCCAGUAAUCUGAAAAGAACCAAUAAGCAAAAGAGUCCUACCCCAAAUAGAAAGCGAAAAAAUGAUUCUUCUGAAGAAAUACCUUCUGUAGAAACAUGCAGUAUGGUUAGUGGUGAGGAGAUUCCCUCAACUGAACUUAUACUAGAGGAAUCACCAGCAUUAGACUUGAGUUCUUUUAAACCUAUGGGAUUUGAAUUUUCAUUCCUUAAGUUCCUUGAGGAAUCUGCUGCGAAGGAAAAUAAAAGGGUACAGAGUCAUCACAUAAAUGAACCUGAGACAGAUCUUCAACCAGUUGAGAAGAAAUUAAGGUUAUCGGAAGAAGAGGAUUUAUUGUGGGAUAAUUUUGAUACUGACACUUAUUUACUUUUUGCUAAUCCUUCCCACCUUCCAGGAUUGGACAGUGUAAAAUUAGUUUUAGAUCAGUCGUUAAACAAUUACGUUGACCUCAUUAUAAAACAGCUUAAUGAACUGAAUCCGGUUGUGGUUCUUAAGAGACAAGAAUUCUCCUGGGAUAACUCAGCUAGCGUUGCAAAGGAACAAAGUUUAGAUAUAGAUGGAGAUGCUGACGUAUAGAGAGGUCCUAGUAUGUUCAAAGUCUGUACAUUUUAACUGUGUACUAGAAACAUCAAGCAUGCAAAUAAAUGUAUUUUUUAUUAGUUUUUGUUGUUGUGAGAGUGACUUAACCUGGCUGAGGAAAAAAAGGAAAAAUGUAUAUUAUGACGACAGUCAUGAGAUUUUUCUCCAUUCUAGUUUAUCCCUAUGGGACUCAAGGAAUGGAAUUUUUAUUCAGUUAUGUAUAUAUUUCAGACCCUUGUUAUUUCUAUUGAUAAAUUGUCCUUUCCACAAAUAACAAUUUGUGUAUUGUCUGUGAUUUGGUUAUGUUCACCAGUUCACUGCUUCAUGUGUAACGGGAUUCUUUUAUCUGUAUAGAAUCAUUUUUUGUAAAUAUCAUUGUUAACACAUUUGCUGCCUACGUUGAAACUAUUAAAUUACACGUUUAUAUUCUGAAUUUUAA